AUGCCCCACGCUGCAGCCGUCCCCGCUCCUCCCUGCACACCCACUGCUGGCUGCAAGCAGACACAGCACGGUCCUCUCCCUGCCUACAGCCCUUCCACACAGCUUCAUGGACUGCUGGGCUCUGGAGUCCCAGCACCGGUGGGUGGCUCUGCAGGGAAAAGCAACAAGGGCUCUUCAGCCAUGUCUCCCCUUGCUGCUCCCUUCUGUCUUUGUGACAUCACCAUGGUGCAGAACUGGCAGCCCGGUGAUAUGGGAGAGCACCCGCUGGUACCCACAGUCAGUCAGCGCCAGCAGCCUCUCCUGGCUGACUGUCGGGACUGGGCCUGGUUCUCCAGGGCAGUGGCUGCCGAGCGAACCGUCGGUCCAGGGCCAAUAGCAGACAUGGAAUGGGAGCCGGCUCCCGCACCAGCACCAUCCCUUUCUGCUCCGGAUGAGCUGGAGCAGUCGGCAGACACGACUGCUGCCGGCCCUUCAGGACAGGGGGAAACAGCGCCCUGUGACACAGCCGGAGCAGCGAUGCAGGAGGAGCGGGAUGUGCAACCUGCCAGCCAGGGACACGACCCCAUCCGAAUCCCUCCUCUUUCCAAGAGGAGCAGGGGCCGAGCCAGCGAAUUCUCAGGCCUCUGCUUUCCACAGAGGCUGUGGAAGAUCCUGGAAAGCAGCAAGUUUCGGUCCAUCUGGUGGGGUAUGGCAGGAAAAUGUGUGGCCAUCAAUGAAGAACUGUUCCAAAAGGAGGUGCUGGGCAGGGUUUUCUCCACACACAAGAUGAAGUCUUUCACCCGGCAACUGAACAACUAUGGGUUCAACAAAGUGCACCCAGACACCCAGAGAUCGGCCUCCCUGCCUGAAUUCCUUGCUGAGGAAGCGGCAGCCUCUUCCCACAGCAAGCUGCUCUACUACUACAACCCCAGCUUCAGCAGAGAGCGUCCCCAGCUGCUGCAGCAGCGCAAGGGGAAAGCUGCUGUCAAGCGGAAAGCCCCGGGUGCAGCACAGGAGGAGGAAGAACAUCCCUCCAGAAGGGCCGAUGCUCAGCCUGCAGUGCACAAGCAGGCAUCUCCACCCGCCAAGCGACGGCUGAAGCACUUCCUGGCCCCAGCCCUGCCCAUCCAUCUCCAAGGGCAGCUGCUCCCACAAGCCCAGUGCCUGCCAGAGCAGCAGGCAGCGAGAGCUUCACCCCUCCCAACCUCUGCUUCCCACCACCAUGAUAGAGUUCAUAGAUACUGA